ACUUUACACACAAAUGUAACUAUUUCCCAAUAUUUUCCGGAAUUUAUUCUCAAUGUAAACAUUCUUCAUUUGUAAACACGUGCGUUAUCGCUGAUGAUGGUCAACUUUAUUGUACUGAAUUUUUUGAUAAACUCCAAAAGAUAUUGAAACUUCUAAACUUUACAAUAUAAUUCUCGCCUUAUGGCACAGGCAUCCAAUGAUACAUAAAACUGGCCUUUAAUAAUCCAUUGUUCAGUAUGUUGCCUAUCACACCGACCAACAUGUUUUUUGCCAAAUUUAAUACAAUUUCGUUGAUCUACAUCUGUUUGAUAUUCUACGAUGCUGUUAAAGAUGUUGAGGCACGACGACAAGCAAGAAUGAUUAAUGGGGAAGACGUCCUAAUUGAAGAGUUUCCAUCACAUGUCUUGAUCAGUUCCAUGUACAUGGUAAAUGGAUCCCGGGACAUGUACUUUUGUGGCGGAUCGCUCAUUACCCCAACUCAUGUACUGACUGCUGCACACUGUACCAUCUACUCCGACGAAACACCUAUGGCAUUAUCUUACUACUGCCUCCCACAGCAUAUAUUUGUCAGAGCAGGGGUUGCUAAUAUUCAUCAGCGUGGCUACGACUACACUGUGAAACGAAUAUAUAGACACGAAGACUACAGGAGUCAGUUCGAAUUAAAUCCAUGGGCAACGUGCGAUAUAGCCAUUCUCGAGUUAAACGAAGUUGUAGAGCUAGGCCCUACACAACAAAUUAUUAAGUUACCAUGCAACAUCGUCAGGCUCAAUGACGAAGGUAUUCUGCUUGGGGCCGGACCCACCUCUUCAGACCCCAAAACAGUCGGAACGCUAAAAAAAGCCACGUUUAAGGUCGUACCGUGCACGAAAUGGCACCAAUUUAAAGUAAUUUGUAUCCGGAAUGAAACCGUUAAUUCAGUAGAGGGUGACAGCGGUUCCCCUUUCAUAUUCGAAGACAGAAUUGUUGGAGUACUGGCGGCAAUACCACACAAACGAGACUUCUAUGUUGUCACGAAUGUCUUUUCAUAUAUCCAGUGGAUUGUGAAUAUUGUUGGCAUGCCGGAGGACAGGCCUACCUAAUAUGUCAUAGUGACAAGGAGUUGCAGGGAUAUCGAAUCGGCAGUCGUACAUAGAAAUUAUUUGCCAUUGAUCAGCCUCUUGACUACCCCAAUCAGUGAUCUCCAGGACGUAAUCGACAAUUAUCAGCUCGUCAUUAUUCGGUGUUAAAUGUUUUAUUCAAAUUUAUGCUGAGUAUCUUACUUUGUUUAAAUAUUUCUAAUCAGAAACGUGAUGAAUAAAUAAUUACGAUCUUUCUUUUCCAAAA